CUCUGACCCGGAUCUUAACCCCCUUUCUACACGACUGAAAAAACGUGGCAAUAGAAAGAACAAAAACGUAAAAAAGGGAACUUUCAAAAUUCAAUUCUCCAAGAACUCUCUCUCUCUCUCUCUCUCUCUCCCUCCAUGAAGCUGUACCGUAAAGGAACUGUACACCCGUCGCCGGAGGUAAAAGCAGACGACAAACUUUUCUCUCUUCUCCUUCCCACCACAAUCCUCUCCCUAGCGGCGGCUCUCUCGCCGGAGGACCGAGAGGUCCUCGCUUACCUCAUCUCCUCCUCCUCCUCCUCCCGCGACAGGAACCCUAACUCUCUGUCGGAAAAUACCAAGACCCGCAAACCCCAAACCGAAGGUUUUCACCCACCUCUCUUUUACUGCGAUUGCUUCAGCUGCUACACGAGUUACUGGCUCAGAUGGGACUCGUCCCCGAGUCGCCAACUCAUUCACGAGAUCAUUGACGCCUUCGAAGAUAGGCUGGAGACGAAGAAGAGGAAGAAGAAGAAAAGAAGCGGGAAAAAUGAUCGGAGGAAGAGAGGAACAGCUUCCGUCCGCGAUGGCGGGGUUGACCCGGCCUGUCCAAGUAGGAUCAGCGAGUCGAGUCCGAGAGGGACCGAGUUAAGUGGUGGCGGCGUCGGGUCUGACUCGGCAGAGGAGCAGGGUUCCGGCGGUGGCGGAGCGGCGGAGGAGAAGGGCUCUGUCAAGAGGUUUGUGAGUUUUCUCGGGCGUUCAACCGAGUGAGAGGACGACUGAAACGAUAUCUCGGCCAAUCACUUUCCCUCGCUGGUUCUUGUCGGAGAAAGAGACACCCAUCAUCUUCUCUCUUCUCCCAUGUAACACAGGAGUCCCUGCAAUCUUGUCGUCUUCACUUUUCUUCAGAAACAAAACAGUGACAAAUAGCAGAGAAGAAGAGUAGGGAAGCAGCCUACAGAAAAUGAUAUUCGGAAGGAGAAGGGGUAUUUUAUACUGUCGAGAUGUGAAACCCUAAAAUUUGAAAUUACUAUUUUGCUAUUGGGCUUGUUGAAUAUAUGUAAUCCUUAA